AUGGAGGGCAUGGAGUUCAUGGCCGCUGCACCUGCAGCCCCUUCAGCACCUUCCAUGCCUUCGAUACCAAGCGGAGCCGCAAGGAUGAGAGCAACAACCUCAGCAGGCCAUUCCUGGCUCCCUGCCCCAGUGCUCGCUCUGCCGGUUUUGGCCUGCCGUGGCCUCCGGGCCAGGAGCCGUCUGGUGGAGCGCCGUUCGCGAUGCACUCUGCAGGCCGCAGCUGUGGAGGUGGAGACGGCUUUUGAGGUCUCUCCGGGCAAGGUGAAGGCUUUGCAGUCACUUCUGAAAGAUGUGCUUGAAGUCAAGCCUCCUCAGAAGCUGGAGACAUUUCUCCAAGUUUUGCAGGCGAGUGGCUACACGAUCCUUGGUGAAGAAAAUGACUGGAGGGAGAUCGGUGGUGAUCUUCACCCUUUCCUGUUACCCAUCGCAACGAAAGGGGACUUUGACGAUGACCUGGAGGUUCUCGGACUCCUGAUCCGCACCCCGAAUGGCAAGCAGCUGCGGCCCGACGAGUGGCAGGUGGUGACACAGCAGCCCCGGAAGACCAAAGUCGUUAAGCUGAUUGCUCUCGACAUCAGCAGGUUCAUCGUAAAGCAAGCUGAGGAGGCGACCUUCCGCAGCGAGAAGCAGGACUUGCCCAUCAUCGAAAUCACAAGAGAUGUGUACGACGUGCGUUUCAAGGGCGAGGACCGGAACGCGCUCGACAAGUGGCUGCUGCUGGAGGUCGGGGCUUUCCCCGAUGUCUACAAGAACCUGGCCCUGGAGCACAUCAGCAAUGGAGAUGCCAUGACGGGCCUCGUCAUCGCAGACACCAUGCGGGAAACCUUCGGCUACACAUGGGCCUUUCCACACGCGUUUGUCAGCGAGCUGCUCAACACUCAUUUCAAUGGCAAGAAGGAAAUGGAAAAUCGAACGAUCGAGGGCAACCAUGUUGCUCAACAGUGCUUCACCAGCGGCUAUCCACUUUGGACUCUGGAGGAUGACACAGAGGAAACUCUCAACGGAUUGCUGGGCGCUGCACAGCGGAUCGGCACACAAUUUGGUUGCUGCUACGUGUAA